AAUAGCAUUCUGUUAUCUUAUGAAAGUUUUUUCUAAUUCACAAUAAUUUUUCUUUCUUUGUCGCCGCAUACAUUUUAAUGAAAUUUUACGAGUUAAUAUGAUAUUUCUUAUGCAAAAAUAUUUGAAGCAGCAUACGAACAAUAGCAUUUCCAUUUUUAAUCUACAGUAAUUUUCCUUCACUGGUUUUGCUUCUAGCUUUUAGCUUCAGGAGCUUAUGACAUUUACCCUGAAUGACAUCCACGCUUCGUGGUAUCAUGUAAUUUUUCUCGAGGGCAACACGCGUCAAAUUUGCGUGUGAGCAGACGUAAAAUGUUGGCUAAUACGAUGAAGAAGAAUGCACAUUGGUGGCUUUUAGCAUGCGUACAUUAAUGAUAUAACAACGUUCAUUAUCCUGGGAAUGUAACAAUGGCUAUACAGCUAACAGUAUAUCGUCAGAUCGUCAGUGGUGUCGGACCAGAUGAAUUUCUCUCUAAUGAAAUAUAUCUAAUGUCUCGCUUUCUUUUCAAUAAUUUUAUCACGCGUAAAGCAUCGUGCGUGUAAUUAAUCAUGAGGGAAAGGAAGAGAUUCCUUUGCUGUGAUACGACUCAAACUAUCGCGUUAUCCUGUGGAGCUCGAUCGAAUGCUGCGAAAUAAAUUCGUUCGGUUUUUGAAAUGAUAUACUGUAGUAUCGCUGAAGAAAUACAACUUAUAUUGUGCAAUUCUCGAUGGUACGCAAUAUUGAAGUUAAUUCAGCUCCAUUGAUGGAUCAAACGAAAACUUCUGGUAUUCUAAGGCUAGCCCCACGCUCUUCUGAGUUUAGAGCGAUGUCUUCGUCCUUGGCAUCUGUGAAGGUAGGUCUGUCGUCUACGUCGCAAUCGCAAUCGUCGGUCAGUCGACAGUCGGUUACCUUUGCUGUCGUCGAAUACUGGUGCAACGACAGUUCCGUUGAAGAAAACCGGAAAUCGCGAACUGGCGCAAUCGAUUGCACGAAGAUCGGAAGUCGCAACGACAUGCAGCGCAUCGCUAUCGCUGCUAUGUCUAAGCGAGUGGAACCAAGCGAAACUUCGCAGAAUCUGGUAUCGAUGGACAAUCCAAUCCCAGACGAUGAAGGGAAUGAUAGCGAGGAUGAUUACUCAGCGUCGGUUUGCGCAAUUAUGCAACGACGAAAUUCGAUACGUCGACAAAGUCGAAGAAAACGACCACCAUCCUCGUUCGGCAUCGAUAUCGAGAAUGCUGUGCGUCGCCGAUCUUCGGCUUAUACCACGAGCUCAGGAGACACGAUAAUCUCGAUGGAGGAGAGCGGUAACCAGGAGCAGAUUUUUGAGAAUCUUAAAUUGCACAAAGAAGUCCUGAGCGUCGUGAAACAGCAGCCUUGGUCUCUCCGGCGUAAGAUCAAGCUCGUGCGACAAGCUAAAGCUUAUGUUAGACAACAUGAAGGCGCGUUGCAAGAGAGACUCGCCCAGAGCCGCAGCACUAAAGAUGUCAUAGCACGCGUUUCGAUUUUUAUGACUAAGAAAUGGCAGUAUUUCCGACGAGAGCUGAUCAAUUUGCAAACAUGGCUUAUACCUUGGCAAGUUCGUAUUAUGGAAAUAGAGUCUCACUUUGGAUCCGCAGUGGCAUCUUACUUUACUUUCCUCCGUUGGCUCUUCUGGAUCAACUUAGUCAUCGCAGCAACUCUCACGGCGUUCGUAGCCAUACCUGAGAUGCUGACUGCAAAUGUAACGCUUGCUGGCGAAAGAAAGAUCAUGCUAAAGGAAGAAACCAACAAAUCGAUGCACUUGUUAACUUUGUGGGAAUUCGAAGGAGUAUUGAAGUAUUCCCCUUUCUUCUAUGGAUGGUACACUAAUCAGGAUUCGAACAGGAAUUACAGAUUACCUCUGGCAUACUUCGUCACGAAUGUGGUCGUGUACACGUACAGCUUCGUCGCAAUUUUGCGCAAAAUGGCGAAGAAUUCGCGUUUAAGCAAAUUGACUGAGAAAGAGGACGAAUAUAUCUUCUCGUGGAAACUUUUCACGGGAUGGGACUUUAUGAUCGGUAAUCCAGAGACUUCGCACAAUCGCACAGCCAGCAUCGUACUUGGCUUCAAGGAGGCCUUGCUAGAGGAAGCAGAGAAGCAAAAAGACGAAAGAAAUUGGAAAAUUAUAUCAAUGAGGAUAUUUGUAAAUGUGGCGGUAUUAUCAUUACUGGCAUUAUCAGUGUACGCUGUGAUUGAGGUAGUUGGACGAAGUACCAUUGAAACGCACAAUUGGUGGCGACAAAACGAGAUCACGAUCGUGAUGUCUUUGAUUACGUACCUCUUUCCGAUAUUCUUCGAGAUCCUCGGUUUUCUCGAAAGUUAUCAUCCCAGGAAACAACUUCGAAUCCAAUUGGCGCGAAUAAUGGUUUUGAACUUGUUAAAUCUCUAUUCGUUAAUAUUCGCGCUAUUUCACAAAAUAAAUUCUAUGAAACAUGACCUUUAUGGCCUCAAGCCGACAGACACGAAUUGCGUGCAUAAAUUAGUAACGUGCGGUGACGAGCUGACGCGUACCCAACAGUUUGCAACAUUGGCAUCUUUGAGUCUUGUAUUAAUGAGCAAUGUCACCCAUUCUCAUGCUAAAAGGGAGAUCUCGGAACCAACAUUAUCCUCCAACGAGCAGGGAACGUUCUUCCUCAAUCCUUUUUUGGAUAGCCGCAUGUACGAGGAUUUCAACGAUACGUCCGAAAAUUACGACGAUUAUUCGGAUUACGAUAAUGACAAUGAUCAAUAUGAAAGCAGUAACAAAUUCUAUUAUACCACGUCUUAUUAUGAGAAUGAGAAUACAGGAAAUACUCAAAAUAUGAACGAUAAUGCAACACGUUACGAUAUGAAUUCAUCUGUAACUGUCAAUUUUCUGACUAAUUCAACCUACGCCGAAGAUAUCUAUUAUUUGUCCCAGAAUAAAAGCAUUUCAACAACUAUUGAAUCCAGCACAAUAAAAGACAGUGAAGAAUCAUCUCCAUCAUCUUUAGGUAGAGAAGAAUCUAUUAGAAAAUACAAUGUUGUUUCUAUAACAGUAGAUGCCACUCCUACAACGAUCGCAAAGUAUACUCCGGAAAGCAGUGUUCCCACUUUACAAUCAGAUAAAGAUAAAAUUCCGCUCUUAAAAGAGAAAUAUAUGGUGAAAUGCUACGAGAAGAUUUGCACUACUACAUCACCGAAGAAUUUACGUAAAUCUAUACUUUUAAAAGAAAUGGAUCCGAAAAUUCGGAGAAAAUUACGGCGAUUAUGUUGGGAGACUAUGUUCGGGCAAGAACUCGCCAAGCUCACUGUCAUGGAUUUGAUACUCACCAUAUUAGCUACUCUCAGUGUGGACUUCUUCCGCGCCGUUUUCGUGCGUUUCAUGAACAAUUGCUGGUGUUGGGACUUGGAGAAACAAUUCCCGCAAUAUGGUGAUUUUAAAAUAGCUGAGAAUAUUCUUCACUUGGUGAACAAUCAAGGCAUGGUCUGGAUGGGAAUGUUUUUUAGUCCUGGUUUAACGGUUCUGAAUCUUAUUAAGCUCGGUAUUUUGAUGUAUCUACGUUCUUGGGCCGUGCUAGCAUGCAACGUGCCUCAUGAAGUAGUCUUCAGAGCCUCCAGGUCUAAUAAUUUCUACUUCGCGCUUUUGUUAACUAUGCUGUUUUUGUGCGUAUUGCCAGUCGGUUAUGCUAUAGUUUGGGUCGAGCCUUCUUGGCAUUGCGGUCCAUUCUCCGAUUAUCCGAAAAUCUAUAACUUAGCGACACAAAGCUUGAUAAACCCGCUACCGGAACUAAUUCAACGAUGUUUCGACUACGUCGCAUCGCCCGGUAUAGUAAUACCGCUGAUCGUGUUGAUGACAUUAAUCAUUUAUUACAUGGCAUCCCUUGCUGGAUCUUUACGUGAAGCGAACAACGAUUUGAAGAUACAACUGAGGCAUGAGCGUACGGAAGAACGUCGCAAAUUAUUCAAGAUAGCAGAGAAAAGGCAAAAUGUGGCCGAAACUCCGCUGUCAAGAUGGAAAAAGAUUUUACCAGCGUUACCGCAGGCGGGAAUAUCACGGAAUUCGGAAGUAAUUCAAAGAGAUAAUAUACAAAUCGCAGUUACGAAUUCGAAUGAUACGGUGGAGAAAAAACAAUUGACGAACGAUACUAAGGAAAAUCAGUUGCGGAAUGGUCGCGAUGAGGCGCUUAAUAAUGCCUGUCACGAUGGAACGCGAAAUGAAGAAGAUGAUUUAAUAUUAAAUGAUACAUCUUCCGGCAAACGGCCAAUAAGCUUCGUUGGAUGUUCUUGGGACUCGCAAUCAAGCGGACAAAGCAUUACACCAGAGAUUCAAAUAACUGAGAUAAAUCAAGUAAAUGAAGAAAUGCCUGAUGGUGACACUCACUCUGUGGAAUUAAAUGACAUACCUGAAGAUCAUAAUCAAGAGACAAUGUAGUGAAUUGAAUGUAAUGAAUAAAAAAGUUAUGACAUCAAUUAA